ACGAAUUGAGAUGGAGGCACCCUCAUCUUCCAACGACAUCAAAGAAGGCCCCCAAGUGUUCAUCAACUUCCGAGGAGCAGAGCUACGCAAAACCUUCAUCUCCCACCUCGAAAGUGCCUUGAAACGCAUAGGUAUCAACGCGUAUAUCGACAGCAACGAGCCCGCGGGUGAGGAUCUUCACAAACUUUUCGAAAGGAUCGAGGAGUCGAAUGUCGCGCUGGCGAUCUUAUCGAGUAGGUACACGGAGUCGAAUUGGUGCUUGAAAGAGCUAGUGAAGAUAAUGGAGUGCGUGGAGCAAGAUAAUCUAUGGGUUAUUCCCAUUUUUUACAAGUUGGACCCAAGCACGGUGAAAGGACUUGAUGGUGACUUUGGUAUUCAGUUGUGGAACCUGUGGAGGAAGAAGGAAGGUCGAGACGACAGGAUUCUUAAGUGGGAUGCAGCUUUGCAAGGAGUUACAAGCAAGUUUGGCUUGGUGUCGGAGACUUGCCGUAACGACGCUGCCUUCGUAGAUGAUAUCAUCACACAUGUUCAAAAUGUCUUAUCCAAAGAUUUGUUGCUGAGGGGAGAGCACCCUAAACCCCGAAGAAGAGGAGCAAGAGCCAAGUAUUGGAAAAUAUUUCCCAUAUUAUUUCUCGUAACAUAUUUGUAUAUAUCUAGAGUUUCCACAUCUUGUAUUUUGCCACUUCAAUUAGAUUAAUUUGAU